AUGGUGGAUACACAGCUGCAAUUCAGCAGUGCUUAUUAUCCCCAAACUGAUAGGCAAACUGAAGUUGUGAACCAGUCUUUGGGUAACCUGCUACGAAGUUUGGUAGGGGAGCAUGUGAAGAGUUGGGAUCUCAAGUUGUGCCAAGCUGAGCUCGCCCAUAAUCACACUGUCAAUCGUAGCAUGGGUUUUAGUCCUUUUCAGGUUGUGUAUGCUGCUGUUCCGAAGGUUACCAAUGCCAAGUAUAAGCAAGUUGCGGAUAAGAAGCAACGCUCAGUGGAAUUUGAAGUAGGUGAUUUUGUGUGGGCUAUCCUUACUAAAGAUCGUUAUCCUGUUGAGGAGUACAACAAGCUUUCAGCUAGAAAAAUUAGGCCUGUGGAAGUCGUGGAUAAGAUCAAUCUGAACGCUUAUUGGCUUAAGCUUCCUAGCCACAUUCGUAUUAUUGAUGUGUUUAAUGUGAAGCACCUGAUUCCUUACACAUGUGAUAACUCGGAUGAUGACGAUUUGAUGGCGAAUUCUCUCCACCAAGGGGAAAAUGAUGCUGUAGAAGACGUGGCGAAUCGAUACCUCGAGAAAAUAGGUUUUGAUGACCCUGUUUCGAGGAAAAUGGCUUUAGGAGCACAACUCAUUGCCUUUGGCAGUAAAAAAACGAGAUUUAAGGUGAAUUUCAUCGUUUAG